UUUUUUUUUAGUUAUUCUUUAUAAAGCACACAAGAAUAAAAAGCUAUCAAAACUAUCAGUUAAAGAGAGAGUUUUAUACGCUUUAAGUUUUGAAACUUUAUUAUUAUUGUUCCUUUUUGUUGCUUUAAUUUCUUUUUUCUUAUACAUCUUCAAAACUAUACAUAGAGUUUCUAUAAUAUGAGUGUCUGGCAACCCUCUGCUCAAGGCCUUUCUGACCUUUUACAGCUUUUACGCGAGGCUAUCAAUCCUACUGACGGUCAAAAUGUUACAGAAAGAUUGGAAUACUUUAAUAAGAUUCCUGAUUAUAACAAUUAUUUGGUCUAUAUUUUGACUCAAAUGCCUCAAGAAGAUCAAUACAUUCGUUCUGUUGCUGGUUUGACACUUAAGAACAACAUCAGAUCUCACUUCCCAACCAUUCAACCUCAAGUACUUGAUUAUAUUAAAGAAUGUUGUAUCCAGCAUAUCGGUGACCCUAAUGUUGGUAAGUCUGUUAGUUUUGUCAUUGCCUCUAUUGUCUCUCGUGGCAGUAUUCAGCAAUGGCCUCAAGUCCUUCAAGUCUUGUUGCAAAAAUUAGAAGACCCUGAUCCUACGAUGGUUGAGAACGCAUUCAGUACUUUCCAAAAGAUUUGCGAAGACUCUUCUCGUGAUCUUGAUAGUACCAUCAAUGGUGUUCAUCCUUUGGAAUACAUGAUUCCCAAGUUUAUUGCCUUUUUUGACCACCCUAACCCCAAAAUUCGCUUGAGUGCCAUUUCUUGCACAUCACAGUUUAUUAGUCUCCGCUCAGAACCUUUGAUGAGCAGAAUCAACGAAUUUUUAGUGGCCCUCUUUAACAGAGCCACGGAUGAUAAUGUUGAUGUUCGUAAGGCUGUCUGUCAAUCUCUUGUUGGUCUUCUUGAAGUCUGUCCCACUGUCCUCUUGCCUCAUAUGCCUGAUUUGGUUGAUUACAUGCUCUUCUGUACUCAGUCUGACGAUAGUGAUCUUGCUCUUGAAGCCUGUGAGUUCUGGCUUGUAUUUGCUGAACAAGAUGAAUUGCGCGACCAGCUCCGUCCUUUCCUUCAAAAGGUUGUUCCUGUCUUAUUGAAGGGUAUGGUUUAUUCCGAAAUUGACCUGAUGACACUUGGUGGUGAUGAAGAUGAUGCUCAUAUUGCUGAUGACGAGCAAGACAUCAAGCCUCGUUUCCAUAAGGCUAAUGUAGUUGAAAAUGACCAUACCAACAAAGAAGAAGAAACCUCUGAGAAGAAAAAGACAGGUUUGCUUGAUGAUGAUUCAGAUGGAGAUGAUGACGAUGACGAUGACGACUUUGACGACUAUGAGGAUGACGAGUUUUAUGGUGAAUGGAAUUUGAGAAAGUGCAGUGCUGCUACCCUUGAUGUCUUGUGUACUUCAUUUGAAACUGAAGUUAUUCAUAUCUUGAUUCCUCUCUUGAAGGGCGAAUUAGAAAGCAGUGACUGGCUUCACAGAGAAUGUGGUAUUUUGGCUCUUGGUGCUGCUGCAGAAGGUGGUAUGCAAGAAAUUGCUCCUCAUCUCCCUGAAUUAGUGCCUUAUUUACUCAAUAACUUGAAUGAUCCCAAGCCUCUUGUCAGAUCAAUUACAUGUUGGACUCUUGGUAGAUACUGUACUUGGAUUGUUCAAAAUGCUAGACAAAGUCCUGAAGCUCGUCAACAUUACCUUGAACCUCUUGUUCAAGUUCUUUUGCAACGUAUUUUAGACAACAAUAAGCGUGUUCAAGAAGCCGCUUGUUCAUCCUUCUCUUUACUUGAAGAAGAAGCUGGUGCCGAUCUAAUUCCUUAUCUUCAACCUAUCCUCACAACACUCUGUAACGCUUUCACCAAAUACCAACAUAGAAAUUUAUUGCUUUUGUAUGAUACCGUUGGUACAUUGGCCGAUGUUGUAGGCGAAGUUUUGAAUAACACACAAUACAUUGACACGAUCAUGCCUCCUCUUAUCAGCAAAUGGCAAGAAAUUUCUGAUGACAGUACUGAUCUUUUCCCAUUAUUAGAGUGCCUUUCUUCUGUUACAACUGCUUUGGGUAAGGGUUUCAAGCCUUUUGCUGAACCUGUCUAUAACCGUUGUGUUGUUCUUGUCUGCAAGACAUUGGAAGAAUGCCGUUUAAGUGCCCUGGAUCCUUCUGUAGAGGAGCCUGAUAAAGACUUUAUGAUUGUUGCUUUAGAUUUACUUUCAGGUAUUGUUCAAGCUCUUAAUGCUGAUGCAGAACCAUUGGUUGCAGCAACCAACCCUCCUGUUGUUCAACUCUUGUCUCUUUGUAUCCAGGAUGAAGUUGCCGAAGUCCGUCAAUCCACCUAUGCUUUACUCGGUGAUCUUGCUAUUUCAUGCUUUGAACAUAUCCGUGCUGUUGUUCCUCAAUUCAUGCCACUCCUUCUUCAACAAAUUGAUCCUCAAGCAGAACAUUUGUCAGUUUGUAACAAUGCAACCUGGGCUGCUGGUGAAAUUGCUCUUAAAUGGGGUAAUGAGAUCAGAGACUAUGUUGAUCAUUUAUUGCAACGUCUUUUCCCACUCAUGGCCAACCCUCAAAUUCAACGUACACUUUUGGAAAAUGUAGCUAUCACCAUUGGUCGUCUUGGUCUUGUCUGUCCCACCAUGGUUGCUCCUCACCUUGAAUUAUUCAUUCAACCUUGGUUGAUGGCUCUUACACCUAUCCGUGAUAAUGAGGAAAAGUCAUCUGCUUUCAGUGGUUUAUGUGAAAUGAUCAAGGUGAACCCUCAAGGAGCAGUGAAGGAAUUCCCUGCCUUCUGCACUGCUGUUGCUAACUAUCAAAAUGUCCCUCCUGCUUUACACGAAUCCUUUGGCAACAUUUUGAUGGGCUAUAAAAAUAUGUUUGGUGAGGCUCAAUGGCAACAAGGUCUGACAUCCAUGCCACCAGAAGUAAGAACACCUUUACAUGAACGUUAUGGCAUUUAAACUCUUUUAUAUAUAUAUACAAUAAACAUACGAGAAAAAAAAAUACCAUGAAUAAAGGCUGUUU